CCGGGACAGAGCCCUCUGGCCUAUUCUCACGUGUAUCCUCCUCUACCCCUCCCCAGGUUUGGAAAUGAUGUACAGCACUUCAAGGUGCUCCGAGAUGGGGCUGGAAAGUAUUUCCUCUGGGUGGUCAAGUUCAAUUCUUUGAAUGAGCUGGUAGAUUAUCACAGAUCUACAUCCGUCUCCAGAAACCAGCAGAUAUUUCUCCGGGACAUAGAGCAGGUGCCACAGCAACCGACGUACGUCCAAGCCCUUUUUGACUUUGAUCCCCAAGAGGAUGGAGAGCUGGGAUUCCGUCGGGGAGACUUUAUCCACGUCAUGGAUAACUCAGACCCCAACUGGUGGAAAGGGGCUUGCCAUGGGCAGACCGGCAUGUUUCCACGCAAUUAUGUCACCCCCGUGAACCGGAACGUCUAAGAGUCAAGAGAUUAUUUAAAGAAAGCGAAAAAUUUUAAACACGUACAAAAGAAUUAAACCCAUGAGCUCCCUCUAUCAGCAGCCUGUGAGGGAGCUCAGAAUACCCAGCUGGGUCACCUGGUGACCCUCUCACUUUGGUUGGAACUCUGGGGGGUGGGAGGGGGAGUUGGAUAUAACAAUGCCAAACUUACCUAUAAAUUAAGAAAAGAGUUUUUAUUACAAAUUUUCACCACUGCUCCUAUUCCUCCUCCUUUGUCCUUUUUUUCAUCCUGUGUCCUCUUCUGUCCAUCAGUGCAUGACAUUUAACGCCACAUAUAGUCCUAGCUGAUGCCAAUAAUAAAAGAAAAGAAACCA